UGCAGAAAGAGGCAGUCCGUGUAUACAAGCCUGCUCUCUCAUUCAUGCACCCAGUGUCAUAUCGUCAGUAGUCGCCACCAGCUCCCAGGUCCAGGCCGCGUCUCACGCCCUCAUCAAAGCAGAAAACUCACGAAAAGAGCCGUGAUCCUGCACAGCGGCCACCAUGGCAGAAGCUCACCAGGCGGUGGCCUUUCAGUUCACAGUCGGCCCAGAUGGGAUCGACCUACGGUUGUCUCAUGAGGCUCUGCGCCAGAUCUACCUUUCUGGCCUCCACUCCUGGAAGAAAAGGUUCAUCCGCUUCAAGAAUGGGGUGAUGACUGGUGUGUACCCAGGCAGCCCGACCGGGUUCAUGGUGGUGGUCGUGUCCUAUAUGUCUUACAAUAGAUAUAAAGAACUGGACCCGUCUCUGGGGUUGAUUGCCAAGCUGGGGCAACACGUACCCAUCAGCCGAUACAUGUCCACGGACAGCCAGAAGAUAGUGGGAGGGGUCCUAGUGGGCACGGGCCUGUGGGUCACCAUCAUCAUGAUCAUGAGGAACGUCCUGAAGUGCCUGCUGUCGUGGCACGGCUGGAUGCAUACGCGCCACGGCACCGUGUCCUGGUCAUCUCGGGUCUGGAUGCUACUAGUGAAGGUGUUCUCUGGCAGGAAGCCAAUGCUGUACAGUUUCCAGAACUCCCUGCCCCGGCUCCCUGUCCCCGCUAUCAAGGACACCUGCAGAAGGUACCUGGAGUCCGUGCGCCCGCUGAUGGAUGAUGAGCAGUAUGAACGGAUGGAGGGCUUGGCUAAAGACUUUGAAAAGAAUCUGGGACCCAGGCUUCAGUGGUACGUGAAGCUCAAGUCCUGGUGGACGUCCAACUAUGUCAGCGACUGGUGGGAGGAGUAUAUUUACCUGAGGGGCCGUGGACCCAUCAUGGUCAACAGCAACUAUUAUGCCAUGGACUUCCUGUACGUGUUCCCCACCUCCAUCCAGGCUGCCAGGGCAGGUAACGCCAUUCAUGCUAUCAUGUUGUACAGGAGGAAACUGGACCGAGCUCAGAUCAAACCCAUAUACUUGCUGGCCAACAAGGUUCCUCUCUGUUCAGCUCAGUGGGAGCGAAUGUUUAACACCUCCCGCAUCCCUGGUGUGGAGACAGACACCCUGCAGCAUGUGAACGAGAGUAAACACAUAGCUGUCUACCACAAGGGCCGCUUCUACAAGGUGAAUAUGUUUUAUGAUGGACGCCUCCUGUUGCCGCGGGAGAUCGAGCAGCAGAUGGAGAGGAUCUUGGCUGACAGGUCGGAGCCGUUACCUGGAGAGGAGAAACUAGCUGCGCUCACUGCAGGAGAAAGGACUCCUUGGGCAAAGGCCCGUGAGACGUACUUCGGCCGCGGUAAGAACAAACAGUCCCUGGACGUCAUCGAGAAGGCGGCUUUCUUCGUGACCCUGGACGACACUGAGCAGCGCUACGACGCAAAGAACCCGGUCAAGUCUCUGGACGUUUACGCCAAGUCUCUGCUCCACGGGAAAUGCUACGACAGGUGGUUUGAUAAAACUUUCAACCUGAUCAUUUACAAGAACGCCACCAUGGGCCUGAACGCAGAGCAUUCCUGGGCAGAUGCUCCAAUCAUCGGUCACCUGUGGGAGCACGUACUUUCCAUGGACCCUGUUAAGCUGGGAUAUAAUGAGGAAGGUCACUGCAGAGGGGAGCCACAUCCCAGCAUGCCUGGUCCUCAGAGGCUGCAGUGGGAGAUUCCUGCUGAGUGCGAGGAAGUCAUCGAGAGCUCUCUUACUAUAGCCAGGGCUCUGGCUGAUGAUGUGGACUGCCACAUCAUCCCCUUCCAUAACUUUGGGAAGGGCCUGAUUAAGAAGUGCCGCACCAGCCCUGAUGCCUUCAUCCAGAUCGCCCUCCAGCUCGCCCAUUUCAGGGACAAAGGGAAGUUCUGUCUCACGUACGAAGCCUCCAUGACGCGCUUGUUCCGCGAGGGCCGGACAGAAACCGUGCGUUCCUGCACCGUGGAGACUUGUGCCUUUGUUCGCGCCAUGAUCAGAGACGAGACUAGAGAAGAGAGGCUCAGGUUGCUGAAAGUGGCAGCAGAGAAGCACCAAAACAUGUAUCGCCUGGCGAUGACGGGACAGGGCAUCGAUCGUCACCUUUUCUGUCUCUAUGUGGUUUCCAAAUACCUGGGAGAGGACUCGGCUUUCCUUAAGGAGGUCCUGUCUGAACCGUGGAGGCUGUCCACCAGCCAGACGCCUCUGCAGCAGGUCGAGCUGUUUGAUCUGGUCAGACACCCAGAAUACGUGUCCUCUGGCGGUGGAUUCGGUCCCGUGGCCGAUGAUGGUUACGGAGUUUCCUACAUCAUUCUUGGUGAGAACCUCAUCAACUUCCACAUCUCCAGCAAACACUCAAGUUCAGAAACUGAUUCGCAUCGUUUCGGCACCCACCUCAAGCAGUCCAUGCUGGACCUUCUGGAUCUUUUCCAGCUCGACAAGAAAGACGUCAAGUGAUUCGAGGCAACACGAUAAAACUGUUUUUAGCGAGGCAUAUAUUGUUCACGAAGUUUGUACAGAAUCAGUUGUUGGAUUUGGGGUUAUUAUUAUCGUUAAGUUAAUUGAUGUUACAGAAAAUAAGGACGAUCGGAAGGUGUUUGGAAGCAUUACUGUUCCUGUGUGUGUUUGUGUGUGUGAGGUGUUUAUGUGUACUGUACGUUAAGGCAAAGGGGGAUUCUGGUGGUGGUGGUGGUGGUGGUGGUGGUGCAGGUCGUGGACAGAUCAAAGUUUUUAUUUACUGACUGUACGCACCAGUGCCUUAGCAGAACCACGAAAUGUAAAAAAGGGCAAAGAGCGAGAAGGAAAUUUCUAGUGUGGGAUCAAGCUAACACGAUUAGAGACACGAAACGUCUGUUCAUCAUUGCGUCAUCUGAUAUUUAAAUCGAGUUUUAAGUUGCGAGAUGCUGCAAUAUAUAUAUAUAUAUUUUUUUUUUUAGUCCUUGCGUGUUCUUUUUAAAAUUAUUUUAGUCUUUAUUUCAACUGGAGCUCCUGAGUCACGUGCAACUGACCAAAGCAGCGACUGUGAUGAGCGUCAUCGUACAAAUUGCGUGACGUCCACUCGUCUUCACAGGACUCCGAGGUUGAGCGUCAUCCUGUCGGGAGUAAUAUCUGUAAAUAAGGAGAAUUAUAAAUGUUAUGAUCUGAAAUGUGACCCUGCAUCAGUAAGAUGGGGGAGCCGCCGUCUCUACCCUCUCGUUAACGGAUCUCCAUUGCCUUUUCUUUUUUUUUUUUUUUGACUCAAGUGCACCGAUGACGUGUUUGUUUGUUUGUUGGAUUUUAGCUGCUAUGAUUUUACGAUGUAGCGACAAAGGCAUUUUUUUUGUGUGUGUGUGUGUGUGUGUGCGUGUGUUGUUUUCAUACUCAGGUUUUGCUAACUCUGCCUGUUAUCUUAGGGCUGCCGGCUGCGGCGUUGACAUCGUUUGUGCUUUCGCUGGCAUGUACAUGGACAACGGUAGAAGAAGUUGAAAUGCAGGCUGACGCCAUGUGACCCUGGUGUACUCGUAUAGGUAGCAUAUAGCAUAGCGUGACGUUUUGCUGUGGAAAAUGAGGAUUUGCAGGGAAAUGGGUGGGGUGGGGGGGUGAGUUUUCUUCUGUUAAUGAAUAAUAUUCUUUGUUGUUCACUCCGAUACUGGCGGUGUAGUUCAAACUAACCAGUUCCUAGCUAUCUUGGUAGCCUUUCUGUCACAUUAGGAUGAAUUGUAAACCUUUCUGACCUAGUCAAACUGAGGAGGUGCUGAAUAAUUUAUGUGUUCUCUCAGUACAAUAAGAAAUCAUCGCCCUCUCUGAGUUAUUCUCGGAAAGGGCGGAUUCAGGAUUGUCAUGUAUAGGAAUUGAUUUUUCACUAUGUGUAUGUUAUAUUUAUUUUUUUUUUUCCAGAUUUUAAACCCAUUUAAACCUCACACACAUAUUAACCAGCUGAAUGUGGGAAAUGAUGAGCACUAAGUUUAAAGCUUUGCAGAUUUAACUAAAAACGACAAAAUGCUCCUUUUUUUUUUUUUUUUUUUUUGACAUGACGAUUUUGCUAUCGCAGACUUUGCCAGUAUGUUGUAGUCGUAUGACUUUUUAUCUCGGUAGACCACAUGUUUACACUGCUGCUGCAUGUCUUUUGGAGAUGAAGCUGUAUAUGUUUGCCUUUUAAUUUAAAGAUGUGUGUCAGAAAAGACAAGCAGCUGAUAUACCAAACCAAGUUUUAACAAUAAUAAAGUGAAUGUCAGACGGUC